AUGGACAAGCUUCUCUGCAUCUGCCAGGAGUUGUGGUUGGGAUACAACCGCCCUCCCCAGCCAAAGAGGUGUCAACUCACCCAGCGGACCACUGCCUCCCCCCAGAUAAAGAAACGCAGAUUUGAAUCUGAGGAUGCUCCUGAAACCUGUCAGCCUGUCUGUGAGGCCGAGCCUGCUACACAAAUACUUAUGACCUUGAUGAAACUAAAACUAAACCUAAUAUUAGGAGAUAUUGCUCACCGCUUCAAUGUGUCUACAUCCAUGGCAAGCAUUGUGAUUAGUCACUGGAUUGACGUGAUGCGUGAACAGUUCAAAGUCAUUGACUGUGCCGAAAGUGCCAUGCAGAGAGCCACAAACCAAGACUCAAGGAGUGACACUUUCAGCCAGUAUAAAUCACGCAACACUGUGAAAUAUAUCGUUGCUGUGGCCCCUAAUGGGCUAAUCAUGUUUAUAUCUGAUGCUUAUGCUGGCAGAAGCAGCGAUAAGUUUAUCACCAUGGACAGUGCGUUCCUAGACUAUCUGAGGGCUGGUGAUGAGGUCAUGGCGGACCGUGGGUUCACCAUUCAAGACUUGCUUGAUGAGAGAAGGGUCAGUUUGAACAUCCCUGCUUUCACCUACAGGCGCAAUCAGUUGACCAAUGAGGAGACGACACGCACCAUGCGAGUAGCCAAUGUCCGCAUACAUGUGGAAAGAGCAAUCCAGAGACUGAAGGUGUUUAAGAUUUUAUCCCAGACUGUUCCCAUCAGCAUGGCACCAAAACUGGACAACAUCUUAACCAUCUGUGCUGGCCUAGUUAACCUGAGGAGUCCACUGAUCAGUGAGGUUUAGAAUCUUGCCCUGUGUCCCUGUCUAACAACA